GAGAAAAAAUUAAACAAGGUAUUUCUUUCUCUGAGGGGGCGAACAUGGAAGGAGCUGCUUACUGUAUCUCUCUCUCUCCAAAAAGCGCAAAAGCGAAUAACUGAAACCCUAGGCUCCGUGAUUGUUCGUUACUUUUGUUUCGAGGCAUCGAAUUCUCUGUGAUCUGAAUCCGUGAAAUGUGCUUCUCGAGAACGAUUCGGAAUCGCAGAGCGACAGCGAGCAACGCUUCUUCCGUUGUCAACCGGUGACUGACAUCGAUGAAGCAAUCUCAACGGUGGCAGAGGACUCUGAUCCUCUGCCUGCUCUCUCUCUCCGUCGUUGCUCCUCUCGUUUUCGUCUCUCGCAGGCUUAAAGUUCUCACUCCCGAUGGACGAAGAGAGUUUCUCGAUGAUUUAUCGAGUCAUACAUACAGGACAGAUCCUUUGAGGUUAAAUGCUAUAGAACAGGAAGGUGCUGAAGAAUUAGAAGAGCCAAAGCAAGUUGUUUAUGAAGAAAAAGAUUUUGGUUCAUCGAAUAGUUAUAGUUCGGAAAAGAUUAAUGAUUCCGAGGAAUCUAGAAUUGAGGGGUACAGAAAUAACCUUUUGGAAAGAAAUGUUUCAGAAUUCGACCAUGACAAAAUACAAGACCAGGAAGCUCAACAGAAAGGAUUAUCCUCCAUGGAUGGAGAUAAGGGGAAAUUUAAUAAAACAGUAACCAACAAUCAGAAUAUACUCACUCACUCUCAAAGAAUGAUAGAUGAGAAUAUUAAAGUGACAGAUAAGCAAUCUGUUCGAACAGCAACCCAUCAUCAUCAGAUUUCACGCUCUCAGUCUCGGAGAGUGACAAUUCAGAAGGUUGAGGAGAUUAAGGAUCAAAUUAUUAGAGCCAGAGCAUACUUGGGCUUUGCUCCACCAAACAGCAACUCCCACUUGGUGAAGGAGUUGAAGCUGAGAAUUAAAGAGAUGGAACAUGCAGUUGGAGAAGCUACCAAGGAUUCAGAUCUGACAAGGAGUGCUUUGCAGAAAAUGAGACAAAUGGAGGCUUCACUCUCUAAAGCCAGUCGUGCUUUCCCAGACUGCACUGCUAUGGCUGCUAAGCUCCGUACAAUGAAUCAUAAUGCUGAACAGCAAGUUCGUUCUCAGCGAGACCAAACAACAUUUCUUGUUCAUCUUGCUGCAAGGACCACCCCGAAAGGUCUUCACUGUCUUUCUAUGCGGCUAACUGCUGAUUACUUUGCCCUGAGACCUGAGGAUAGGAAGCUCCCAAAUGAAAAUAAGAUUCAUGAUCCAAAACUUCAUCAUUAUGCUGUCUUCUCUGACAAUGUUCUGGCAUGUGCAGUGGUUGUUAACUCCACUGUAUCUAAUGCCAAGGAACAGGAGAAACUUGUUUUCCAUGUAGUGACCAAUUCACUCAACUUUCCUGCAAUCUCAAUGUGGUUCUUAUUAAACCCUCCUGGCAAAACCACAAUCCACAUACAGAGCAUAGACAACUUCGAAUUGUCCAAGUUCAAUACUUCCAACAAAUAUAAUUCCAGUGAUCCAAGAUAUACUUCUGAAUUGAACUUCCUGCGUUUCUACCUGCCAGACAUCUUCCCUGCUCUAAAUAAGAUUCUGCUCUUUGAUCAUGAUGUGGUAGUGCAACAAGACCUCAGUGGACUAUGGAAGGCCAAUAUGAAUGGAAAAGUAAAUGCAGCAGUUGGGACUUGUCAGGAAGGUCAAACUUCGUUUCAUAGAAUGGAUAUGUUCAUAAACUUCUCAGAUCCAUUCAUUGCAAAAAGGUUUGAUGUCAAUGCUUGCACAUGGGCAUUCGGGAUGAACUUGUUUGAUUUGCAACAGUGGAGGAGACAUAAUUUAACUGCUGUCUAUCACAAAUAUUUACAAAUGGGUUCCAAGAGGCCAUUGUGGAACAUUGGAAGUCUGCCUUUAGGCUGGCUCACCUUCUAUAACAAAACUAUGAUUUUGGACAGACGGUGGCACAUUCUUGGCCUUGGUUAUGACUCGGAAGUCGAUAGAAAUGAGAUAGAGCGGGCUGCCGUCAUACACUAUGAUGGAAUUAGGAAGCCUUGGUUGGAUAUUGCGAUGGGAAGAUAUAAAGGUUAUUGGUCCAAAUUUGUGGGGUUUGGCCACCCUAUUUUGCAAAGGUGCAAUCUCCAGGCGUAGCCCAUAAUCUAAACCUUACCUGGCACUUGUUGUUUGACUAGUUUGCUGGCACAUUAAUUGCCUGCUUCAAUCCAUUCUUUCUUGUUCUUGGCAAUUCUUCUUGUAAAGCCCUUCAUAGUUACACAGAAUUUUCCACAGAUAUCUUUUUAGAAGCUUAGCUUAUUUGUAUUGACAUUUAAGAUGAAAUAAGACUCACAGAGGCAUUUUAGCUGCUUGCAGAUGCUAUUGGUUGUUGUGUACAUAAUUCAUUCUCGUGCUCUAUUAGGUUGUGCCAAUGCUCGU